UUAAGUACGUUUUCCUUUUUGUGAUAUAAAAAUCAGAAAUGACGUUGUAAAGUAAGACAUACGAAACAGCCGGUUAUAUUGGCAGUAUACCAAACGGAAAUUUAAGCUAUACAUGUAGCGUGAGUUUGAAAUCAGUCAAGGGGUGGCUGGGAACGUGGUUUCUGCUGCCAGUGUAUAGAUGUAGUGGAAUGAGGUUUGGGUUGCGUUUUUUUGGUUGUUUCAAUCACUUGCCUGCCCCCUGAAGGAGGAAAUUCGUUGGUUUGUUACUGAGUUGUGGGGAGGUGGAGCUGCAUUUAACAUGCACCAACGCGUUCAGAUGGAAAAUAUACCGUGUUUUUAGCGUUUUGCUACACUAAUCUUAGCUAGCCGGGAAGCUACGAGCAUACGAGCAAUGUUAGCGUGGCGGAGACUUCAUGUUACGGCGGGGACUGCUAGCCGUCUACUGACUUCCCCCCGCGUAAUCCAGCAGCCGUGGAUGUGUGGACAAGGAUGUCAAAGUUUGAGUACUAGCAAAUCUAACCAAAACGACUUCUUCAAAGACCUUGAGUUCCAAUUUGAAUCUUUGAGGAAGAAGGCGGCAGAUGCCCUGCCAUCAAGCAACUGGAACCCCCAUGUGAUGAACCCAGACAUGCCUCCUGGGCAGGCUGACAUUGUUAUUGUAGGAGGGGGUGUAGUUGGUUGGUCUAUUGCUUAUUGGCUGAAAGCGAAGGAGGGAAACCGAGGAGGGGUUAAAGUACUCGUGGUAGAGAAGGACCCAAGAUACUUGCAGGCAUCCACAGUGCUAUCUGCCGGGGGGAUUCGACAGCAGUUCUCCCUGCGUGAGAACAUUUACCUCUCUUUGGUCUCUGCUGAUUUCAUGAGGAACAUCAACGAGCAUCUUGGUGUGCUGAAUGAAGACCCAGUGGAUCUGCAGUUCAACCAUUCAGGAUACCUCUUCCUGGCUAAUGAGAAUGUGGCACAUAUCAUGGAAGAGAACAUCAAGACUCAGAGGCAAGCUGGAGCCAAAGUGUCUCUGCUGUCCCCGAUGCAACUGCAGGAGAAAUUUCCAUGGAUCAGCACAAAGGAUGUAGCACUUGCUUCAUAUGGUUUAGAGAAUGAGGGCUGGUUCGAUGCCUGGACUCUUCUGAAUGCCUUUAGAAGGAAGGCCAUCUCCAUGGGAGCUAUCCAGUGCUUUGGAGAAGUCACAGGUUUUAAGUAUGCUGUGAGUAGGAAGAUGAUUGCUGAUGAGGAAAGCAUGGAAUAUAAGAGAAUUAAAAACGUUAAUGUUCAGAUGCCCAAUAGCCGGGAGUACCAGUCAGUGAAAUGUGCUGUUGUGGUGAAUGCAGCUGGAGCCAGUUCUGGUAAACUGGUAGGGAUGAUGGAUUGUGGGUUAGACUCCACCAGCUCUGAAACCCCCUUUCCCGUGGAACCUCGGAAAAGAUAUAUCUACGUUGUUCAUUGUCCCAAUGGCCCAGGGCUGGACUGUCCCUUUCUUGUUGACUACUCUGGAAUUUACUUCAGAAGAGAGGGGUUAGGCGGGAACUACAUCACUGGGUCAUCACCAGCAGGGGAUGAGGAGCCAGAUACCACUAAUCUAGAGGUGGAUCACCAUUUUUUUGAGGAUAGGAUUUGGCCCCAUUUGGCCCACCGUGUUCCUGCAUUUGAGAACCUCAAGGUUACCAGUGCUUGGGCAGGUUUCUAUGACUACAACACCUUUGACCAGAACGCCAUCCUCGGCAAUCACCCUGUGGUCAACAACAUGUAUAUUGCAACAGGCUUCAGCGGGCACGGGCUGCAGCACUCCCCUGCAGUGGGGCGAGCCAUGGCAGAACUAAUCCUGGAUGGAAACUUUCAGACCUUGGACUUGAGUGCCCUCAGCUACAAACGUAUCUUGACCCAGGAACCCAUGCUGGAGAGGAACAUUGUUUAGAAGAUCUGGAGACAUUGGUACAUUUUUGUUUUUGUGGGGGUGGGGGGGGUGUUUUAAGAUCUUAUAUAUAUACAUAUAUAUAUAUAUAUAGAUGUAUGUAUUAAAAGUUUUUUACCUACAUCUAUAUUGAUAUUCUGCUCCUCAUUUGUUGAGCACUUUUAUCCACACCAUUGACGGUUUCCGAAAAAAAAGGCUGCACAUCCAGUUCGGCUGUUGAAUAAAACGGAUAGCAAAGAACUGACUCAUGGUAAGGACCAGGUUAAGGUUUGAUAUCGCUCUUCAUCAAAAUAAGCUUGAUUAGAAACCCUCAAUAGUGACUUCCUUCCAUUGUAUAAAGUUGGGCAGGUCUGCUACUGUUAGGGUGUGUUUUUGCUGUACCUGAAUUUCAAAUGACAAAAACUUAAGCAUAUCAGGAUGAAUACAUGAGUAUGCUAUUGUGAACUGGUAAAGAUGUAUUUAUUUAAAGCAUGAUAUGACAAGGUAUGCCUCAAUGGGCUUUACAAAACUAAAACAUUAGUCAAUAAGACACUCAAAUACCAUACAGUAAACAGUCAAAAUACAUAGAAUUCAAUAAUUCAAGGGACAAAUUCCAAAUCUUAUUUUUGUCAAUAGACCAUGAAUUAUAGGUGGGCUAGAUCAGGACAUUCAUAAUGCUUUCUGAAGGUUAGAAUUUGAUCCCACUGAUGGAUAUACAAAAGUAUUUUUAAAGAGGUAGUGGAGCCAGCAGCAGCCGCUCGGCAUAUAAAGUGCACUUGGCAAUGUCCCUGGAUGGGGAGCUGCUAGGGGUAAUCUGUCUCACUAUUGCAACUAGUGACCACAUACAUGUGGUGGGGCGCCUCUACAACUGCUGGGAAAUCAGAGGGAAACGGUAUGGGCCUCCAUGCGCAUUAUCUUCCCCCAGGGAAACACGCAACUGGCAGGUGAAAAGAAAUGCUUGGCUAGCGCCUAGUGGGUCAAAGGAUGUAGGUGGAAAGCCCCCCCCCCCCAACUACAGUAGGAGUUGUGCAAUAGAGGGACCUCAGGAGAAUAGGGCAUUGAACAUGCUAAAUUGUGAUGAAAAGUAGAGAAAAUAAAAUAUUGCGUUGUACGGUAGCAUUUUCUAUGUCCCGAAUAACAAGAAGAAAGUCGGCUAUACACAUUUUUCAAUGGUACACCACUAGUAAGUUUAAGCAACACUUAAUUCAUAUCAAUAUUCAUAUUAAGGAUUUCAUUUUUUCCAUGGCAUUCAUGAGAUGGGGUAAUACUGACAUAUUUUAAGUGGCUUUAUGGGCAGAUAGGAAAAACAGAAUAGUUCAGUUUGUUUUGCUUAGCAGCCUGCAUGAGCAGCAGUGCUGUAACAUUGCAAUAUCACCAUUGAAAUUGUACUGUAAUUGUGCAGAAAAGGUUACACAUCUCAAACAUUUUACAGUGGAUACCAAUAGUGCACGUUUUUUAUGCUGUAAUUUGCUAUUUGGUAACCCUCUCACAAUUUACUGAGGCAGGCAUUUAAACAACUAUAUUUAACUUUUAAUUUUUCCUAAACAUGGCACCAGAGCACUCCUAAAAUCAAUCCCACCCACCCAGUUAAAAAAAACCCUAAAUACAAAAUAUUAAAAUCAUUCCCUUCCUUAACAUUUUUUUGUGAAAUGCAUGCUCAUGGACCUAAAUUAAGGAUAGUCUUGAGUAAUAUUUUAUGUUAUGUAUCAUAUUCCUCAAGGUUAACACAUUUGUGAAAUUAUCCACAUUUUUUGUAAAAAAGGAAAAAAUUGAAAUUUUGUUUCUUAGUCUUGUCAACAGGACUUUGGUAGAAAGGUUGCUGUGUAAAUGGUGGCCACCAGACGGAGGCAAGGCGCUUUCUUGGUUAUGGAAAUCCUCUCACUCACCAUAGCUGAAGGGAAUAUGAAAUAAAUAAACUGUAAUUACAGGGGAGUGGAUUUUAAGAAAAAUCUUUAAAUUUGUAGCUAAAGGUCAUCACAAACUAUCGUCACAAACUUUCUGCUGUACCGUUAAAGUCAGUAUUAACCGUCAAGUUAAAAAUAAUUUGUCUAAUUGAAAUGCGGAUAAACAAUAUUUUGAGUCUCAGUUGUAAGAUUUAUGCCAAUUUUACUGUCAACGAACAAAUUUAUAUGCCGAAGCAAUUUAUAAUCUGGUAAAUACAAUAGGUCAUUUUUAGUCUUAUAGUCCUUUUCUAAUUGCAAAAUAAAAAUACUGAAAAUAAAUGAAAAAUAAUAAAACAUCCUCCUGUUGCAUUAAGUAACUACUCUUGAACUUUUAAAAUACUUUAAGUAAAAAGGAGGUUUUUGAUUCUUGAGAGGUUGUUUUUGUCAGGCCUGUUCAGUGGCAUGUGGGUCAUCGGAUCAGUGAACCUUGUUUAUUCAGUCUCCCUGAUCUAAACCAGAGACCCACAAUGAACCGGAUACCCCUAUCCUUCUAAUGGAUUUCAUGGUGAUGGGUGGAUUCUUAGUGUGGUUUGUGUGGGUGGUCAUAUUGCUAUGACCUUGAAACAGUUUAAUGGUGAUUGGUUUAAAUAAUUUGUCACUCUUAAUGUUUAAAAAAAAACCUGUCUUUGAAUCUAUAGUUUCUCAUUAGCAAUAAAGCAUCUUCUGAUAUUUUUUAACAGAUUCAUGGUUCUUCGAUUCCUGAUUUCAGGGAAAUAAUAUAAAUAUAAUCCUUCAGUAUGUCAAAUAUGUGAAUUAAACGCAUAACUGCUAACCAGUGUAUUGACCACUGCUACUUCUCACGUUUCUAGUAAUAUUUACACUGCAUCUUACUUCUUUUGGAUGUCAACUGUGCACUGUAACUAUGCAGUGCAUGCUGGUCAUUUUAAAGCUGUAUGCGUUCACCUUUUUUUUUUUUUCCUUAACUUCUUUCAUUCACUACUGACAUUACGUUAUGUUGUGUCUGAUUGUGAUG